CGCCCCGGCGUGUGCAUGUGUGCGUGUGUGUAUUAGGAGAUUAUGGAGAGCAGCGACCGGGACAUGUACCGCCAGUUUCAGGACUGGUGUCUCAGGACUUACGGGGACUCAGGAAAAACCAAGACGGUGACCCGUAAAAAAUACGACCGGAUCGUCCAGCUCCUGAACGGCUCCGAGUCGAGCUCCACGGAUAAUGCCAAAUUCAAAUUCUGGGUCAAAUCUAAAGGCUUCCAGCUCGGCAACUCGGACGAGGUCAGUGGUGGUGCUGGAGGAGGGAAGCAAGUGCUGUACGUGCCAGUCAAAACCACGGAUGGAGUAGGUGUAGAUGAGAAGCUGUCUUUACGGCGGGUGGCCGUUGUAGAAGAUUUCUUUGACAUUAUCUAUUCCAUGCAUGUGGAAACUGGGCCUAAUGGAGAACAAAUCAGAAAACAUGCUGGACAGAAGAGAACAUAUAAAGCAAUUUCAGAGACCUAUGCCUUCCUACCGAGAGAAGCGGUGACACGAUUUCUAAUGAGCUGCUCAGAGUGCCAGAAAAGAAUGCAUUUAAACCCAGAUGGAGCGGAUCAUAAAGAUAAUGGAAAACCUCCAACUUUGGUGACCAGUAUGAUUGAUUACAACAUGCCCAUUACUAUGGCUUAUAUGAAACACAUGAAGCUGCAGCUACUAAAUUCACAGCAAGAUGAGGAUGAAAGUUCUAUAGAAAGUGACGAGUUUGAUAUGAGUGACUCAACCAGGAUGUCAGCUGUGAACUCUGACCUCAGCUCAAAUCUGGAGGAGAGAAUGCAAAGUCCUCAGAACCUCCAGGGCCAGCAGGAUGAUGAUUCAGCCGCAGAGAGUUUUAAUGGCAAUGAGACCGUGGGACACAGUUCCAAUGCUUCAGGGGGAACACACUGCAGGGAGAUGGCAGAAACCAACAGUAAUGGCAAAACAAAUCUGGAGCAGGAUGAGCAGCCUCUGAACCUGAGUGACAGUCCCCUCUCUGCUCAGCUGACUUCAGAAUACAGACUAGAUGAUCACAGCAGUAAUGGAAAGAACAAAUACAAGACUCUCCUAAUUUCUGAUCUCAAGAUGGAACGGGAGGCAAGAGAAAAUGGAAGCAAGUCCCCUGCACAUAGCUAUUCAAGCUAUGACUCUGGCAAGAAUGAGAGUGUAGGCAGAGGUGCUGAAGAUCUGUCCCUAAAUCGAGGAGAUGAGGAUGAGGAUGACCAUGAUGAGCAAGAAGAUCCUGAGAAGGUUAAUGAAUCAGAUGGGGUAGAAGCUGAGCGACUGAAAGCUUUUAACAUGUUUGUCAGGCUGUUUGUAGAUGAAAACUUGGACCGAAUGGUCCCAAUCUCUAAGCAGCCCAAAGAAAAGAUCCAGGCUAUCAUUGACUCAUGCAGGCGACAAUUCCCUGAGUAUCAAGAGCGUGCCAGAAAACGCAUACGUACUUACCUCAAGUCCUGCAGGCGGAUGAAAAGAAGUGGUUUUGAGAUGUCACGACCUAUUCCCUCACACCUUACUUCAGCAGUUGCAGAGAGUAUCCUGGCUUCCGCCUGUGAGAGUGAAAGCAGAAAUGCUGCAAAAAGGAUGCGCUUGGAUAGACAGCAGGAUGAGGCUGCUCCAGCUGACAAGCAGUUCAAACAGGAGCCAGCCCAGGUCACUUACUCAACAUCAGCUGUUUCCAGCACGCAGGAGGUGUUGUACAUCAACGGCAACGGGACCUACAGUUACCAUAGUUACAGAGGGCUCGGAGGUGGGCUGCUAAAUCUCAAUGAUGCUUCUAGCAGUGAUCUGCAGCCUACCUCCACCACGGCCACAACUCAGCACUGCAUCCCAGGCACCACGAACGUCCAGUCCCCUUCCAGCUCAGGUCCAACAGAUCUCAGUAUGAAGAGGCAGUUAGCAACCAGCUCUGGAUCCUCCAGUAGUUCCAGCUCUAGACCCCAGCUGAGCCCGACCGAAAUCAACGCCGUGAGGCAGCUCGUGGCAGGGUACCGAGAAUCGGCCGCGUUUUUAUUGCGCUCCGCAGACGAACUGGAAAACCUUAUUUUGCAGCAGAACUGAGUCAUGUGACCUUCACACCGGCCUGGUCUUAUGUCAGAAUUUCCACUAAUGACAUUUUGAUUUCCCAGAGCACACACUUCAGUUACUGCACAGUCUUUUAGGAGAGUUAAUUACCAUAAUGCCACACUGUUCUUGAUCCAUAAAGUGAUGUGUUAAGGUGCUUCAAGUGAACUUCGACCUCUGGUAUUUCCGAGGUACUUUACUGUGUCCAGCCUAUUGCUUUUGUUUUAGUGUGUCAGCAUAAAUAUCGAAAAAAGUGGCUAGAAAUUAACUCAUUCUAACAAGUGGAGGAAACAGAAGAUGCUGUGAUGGUUUUUUAAAACAAGUGGUUCAAGAUCCAAGUGCAAUAUUAGUGGAAUGUGAUACUGACUCAUUGGACUUAAAGCUGCAGUAUAUGGCAAAACAUUGCCAAAUGUCCUGUUGCUACAGGGCACAAUUGCAAUUAAAAGGAUCUUGUAUUUUAAAAAAAUGUAAUUUUUAUAAAAAACGAAACAAAAGAUUUUUGUUUUCAUUCAAGAUUUUUCAUUUUUACUUUGGUAAACUUUUUCACUGGUCCUGAAAAUGUUUUGAGGAGCUAUUUUAAGUCCCCCCUUCCUCUCUUGAACCUCUGGCUGUGCCCUUCUCCCCAACUUCAUAUUCUUUCUACAAUGAGUAACUCUUGAUGCUGGAUAAUUCCUCCCCUGUGUACUGUAAAUUGUCAUCUAUGGAAUACCUUCCAAAGGAAGUAUGCAUUUUCUGCAUUCAURCCAUUCUCAACUCCAUUCUGUAAUAUAUUGCAGCUUUAUUAGCGAUUAAUAAAGAGUUGAGCGUUUUCUAAAAAAGACAUAUCGUUGAGAAAAAAAAAAAAAGAUUAAUUGAUUUCUUACGGUGAGCUCAUCUGACUCCAUGAUCACUGCUGCUGUCUUAUACAAGUCCCUCUAGUUGUGAUUGGAUGUAGAUGAUGAAUGUUAAGAGGUUGCAAGUGACAAUCUGAAAAUUUGCACUCUUGUGUGUAUUUAUUUUUUUUCCUUAAUUUAAACAAAAUUCUUACCAAGGAAGGUCAUUGACACUUCUGGUAUAAUUUGUACAAUUCCCAGGCCUAGCUAAAACCUGUACAAAACUGUAAGUGGAUGCAGCUGCAACUAUAAUAAAACUCUUCUCUCCCCUUCCCCACUCUUCCCAACCCCUCUAUUUCUUAUUUUAUAAUAUUGAUUACACAUUAAUGGUGUUUUCUUUGUGCACUAUGGCAGGCUUCUUUUUAAGUAUAUAGAAAAAAGUACUUUAGUUUAUGCUUAUUGUACUAUCUGUUCUGUUGUUUAGCUUUUGUUGAAUAACAAGUUUCUUGUGCAUUCCUAAAUUUGCCUUAUUUCAUGUACAAAAUUUUAUGUAAUUCCGUUUUUGACAAUGAGUUUGAGGCAUCAGUGAUAUUUUAUAUCUACUUGUUACAUAUAGUUUUCCAAGUAAUGACUGUGAUUGUGACCAAGUAAUGUGCACUUUUUCUUGUAACUGUGGACAUUGCUAUGCUUUUUUUUUCUCUAGUGUUUCUAGAAUUAUUGUUGCUUACAGUUAUGUAAAAGAAAAAGAACUUUUGUGAUACUGUUGGUGAAUAUUAAUGUGAAAAAGCCUAUGAAAUAUGAGUAUUUUGGAGGUACAUAGAUACACAAACAUCUCUAAGUUGUGGACCGACGUUCACAUAUUUAAAUGAGGAUUCAAAACCUGAGGGCUGGAAUCAUUUCCUCUGUUUUGUUUGGGUAAAUAAACAGAUUUCUGUGUUUAAA